GGAAACGGGGCGGGCGGCGACGGCAACCACAGGGCCUGGGCGGGCCGCUAGGGGCGUCGCGAGCCCGGCGCCUCGGCUGAAGGGGGGCCGGGAGGGAGGGGCCGGUCGGGCGGGCGCGCUUGCUUGCUGGUCUCCGGGCCCGGUCCGCCCUGCGAGAGAAAGAGCGAGAGAGGAAGGCGGCGACGGCGAGGGGGCCACGAUGAGGUAGCAGCGCAGGCCCCCUCCUUGACGGACGGACGGACGCACCCCUUGCGGAGGAGAGGCCGCCAUGCCGUCCACGCCGUUGCCGCCCAAGGAGAGCAACCUCUUCAAGCGGAUCCUGAAAUGUUAUGAGCAGAAACAAUACAAAAAUGGACUCAAAUUCUGUAAGAUGAUCCUCUCCAAUACAAAAUUUGCUGAACAUGGAGAGACGUUGGCUAUGAAAGGAUUGACCUUGAAUUGUUUAGGAAAGAAAGAAGAAGCAUAUGAAUUUGUUCGUAAAGGCCUUCGUAAUGAUGUCAAAAGUCAUGUGUGUUGGCACGUUUAUGGACUUUUGCAGCGCUCUGAUAAAAAAUACGAUGAAGCUAUUAAGUGCUAUCGAAAUGCUCUCAAAUUAGAUAAAGACAACUUACAAAUCCUAAGAGAUCUCUCACUAUUACAGAUCCAAAUGAGGGACCUAGAAGGAUACAGAGAGACCAGGUAUCAGUUACUCCAGCUGCGGCCCACUCAGAGGGCUUCAUGGAUUGGAUAUGCAAUUGCGUAUCAUUUGUUAAAAGAUUAUGAUAUGGCCUUAAAACUGCUGGAAGAAUUUAGAAAAACUCAGCAGAUUCCUCCUAAUAAAAUAGACUAUGAAUAUAGUGAGUUAAUAUUGUACCAGAAUCAAGUGAUGAGAGAGGCCGAUCUGUUUCAAGAAUCUUUGGACCACAUAGAAACUUAUGAAAGACAAAUAUGUGAUAAGCUCAUGAUAGAAGAAAUCAAAGGAGAAAUGUUGUUGAAGUUGGGAAGACUAAAAGAAGCAUCUGAAGUAUACAAAGAGCUUAUUGAUCGGAAUGCAGAAAAUUGGCAUUACUAUGAAGGCCUGGAAAAAGCCCUGCAGCCACACUCUUUAGAAGAGAGACUUGAAGUAUAUGACGAAAUAAGCAAGCAACACCCAAGAGCAGUUUCACCUAGACGAUUGCCUUUAAACUUUGUUACAGGUGAAAAAUUUAGAGAAUUAAUGGAUAAAUUCCUGAGGGUUAACUUCAGUAAAGGCUGUCCACCCUUGUUUACCACAUUGAAGUCUCUGUAUUAUAAUAAUGAAAAGGUUUCUACAAUUCAAGAGCUUGUUACUGGGUAUGAAGCUUCUUUGAAAACCUGUAACUUGUUUAGCCCCUAUGAAAACGGAGAGCGGGAGCCCCCAACUACCUUGCUUUGGGUUCGCUAUUUCCUUGCACAGCACUUUGACAAACUUGGGCAGUUCUCAUUGGCCUUGGACUACAUCAAUUCUGCUGUUGCAAGUACACCAACAUUAAUAGAACUGUUCUAUUUGAAAGCAAAAAUAUACAAGCAUGUAGGAAAUCUCAAGGAGGCUGCCAAAUGGAUGGAUGAAGCACAGUCACUGGAUACAGCAGACAGAUUCAUCAAUUCCAAGUGUGCAAAGUACAUGCUUCGAGCAAAUAUGGUGAAGGAUGCAGAAGAAAUGUGUUCAAAAUUCACAAGGGAAGGGACAUCUGCAAUGGAGAAUCUUAAUGAGAUGCAGUGUAUGUGGUUCCAGACAGAAUGUGCUUUAGCUUUUCAGAGAUUAGGAAAAUACGGCGAUGCCUUGAAAAAGUGCCAUGAAGUGGAGAGGCACUUUUUUGAGAUAACAGAUGAUCAAUUUGACUUCCAUACUUAUUGCAUGAGAAAGAUGACGCUACGUGCCUAUGUUGACCUCUUGAGACUGGAAGAUGUUCUCAGGAAACAUGCCUUCUACUUCAAGGCUGCUUGGUCAGCAAUUGAGAUCUACUUGAAGCUACAUGAUAAUCCAUUAGCCAAUGAAAGCAAAGAACAAGAAGUAAAUUCAGAAAACCUUUCUGCCAAAGAACUUAAAAAAAUGCUCAGUAAGCAAAGACGAGCGCAGAAGAAAGCAAAACUUGAAGAGGAGAGAAAGCAUGCAGAAAGAGAGAGGCAACAGAAGAAUCAAAAGAAGAAACGAGAUGAAGAAGAAGAAGAAACUAGCGGUCCCAAGGAGGAGUUAGUACCCGAAAAGCUGGAAAGGGUUGAUAAUCCAUUAGAGGAAGCUAUUAAGUUCCUUAUACCACUUAAGAGUCUUGUGGCAGAUAACAUAGACACACACCUGUUAGCAUUUGAAAUAUAUUUUAGGAAAGGAAAGUUUCUGUUAAUGCUGCAGUCAGUGAAAAGAGCUUUUGCUAUCGACAGUAAUAAUCCAUGGCUCCAUGAAUGUUUGAUUAAAUUUUCCAAGUGUGUGUCUGAUCAUAGUAAUUUGCCAGAAAUAGUGAACAAAGUCCUAACUCAAGAAAUGCAGAAGAUUUUUAUUAGUAAAGAUUUGGAAAGUUUUAAUGAAGAAUUUUUGAAACGCAAUUCUACCUCCAUACAGCAUCUGCUAUCAGGUGCCAAGAUGAUGUAUUUCCUGGACAGCUCAAGGCAAGAGAAAGCUAUUGCUAUUGCUACUAGACUAGAUGAGACCAUAAGGGACAAAAAUGUGAAGACUUUGACCACGGUUUUGGAGUCCUUGCUUGAUGGCAGCUUUGGGCCCUGCCAUGCCCAGAGUGAGGAAUACCGGAUAGCAUGCCACAAACUGUUUCCUUUAGCAUCUGCCUUUGUAACUCCCACAAAUGAAGAAGACGGUUGCUUUGCGUCAAUGAACCAUACAACUAUUAAUUACGACUUACUGUCCAAUGAAAUUUAAAUUGGGAAAGGGAGCUCCUUUCUGUCUCGGACUGAUUGCGCAGAAACAGAUCAGGGCCUUCUUCUCCAGGCUACCUUGGAACAAUUCAGAUGUCAAACAGGCCAUUUGGUGAAAACAUACUGUGCUAUAAGCUCAUUUCCCCGCAACAAGAGCUGCAACUAUUUAUGUAAACACUUAUUCUCUGAGUAAUACCGGGGAUGUUUAUACUGUACAGUUAUGAAUAUUUCUAUCCUAAAUCAUGGACACUGGAGAUCGACUAUUCACAUAAAUAAAUAUUGUUACAUAGAAAAACAAAUACCAUCAUUUCUUACAAAACAUAUCAGAUGAGCAAGGUUGGUAAAUUAGGAUGGAUAUAUUGCUGCAUGUCUUGUCUACUAUUUUCAGCUUUUUUAAAAAAAAUGUUUGUUUCAAAGCACAAAUUUUGAUCAUCGAAGAUGGCAAUUUUCUGCCAGUUCAAGUGUUAUAUGAAAAGAGUGCGGAAUCAAUUUGAAAAGUUUGUUUGUGUUUUUAAUUUUUUUAAGCAAUUAACCUAUUUUCCCCAUAGCUAUUCAUUCAAAUAAUUUAAUAAAUUCUAUAAAAUGAUGAAUGCCCAAUGUAACUGUUUAAAUACUUGUUUCUUUAUGAUCUAUUCAUUUUGAAACAUUAUUCUACUUGAAAAACUGAAAAAUAUAGUAGGAUAGAAUAUCCUGUCUGCAUAAUGUAUUCUGUUUACAAUCCCGACCUGUAAAACUCAAGAAGUGAACUUAUAUUUCAAGUUUUGCUAAUAUGCCAUUGCUUUAUGUUAUACAAAGCAAUUAGCAUUUAAGGUGUACUUAAAUAAAUGAAAGUGAGCACAAUCAGUGUGACUACAAAUCACAGUUAACAUUUUUCUUUGUAUUUUGGUGUAUUGACAUGAAUGCAUUAUGUAUACAGCAUAUCCAGUUUUUAAUUCAACUGUCUUAAAUAUCUUACUUCAGGACAUAGAUAUUCAUUACAACUUUAUAUAAGCUGCAAACAGAACUUAAAGUACACUGUGGCUUGUACAGAAAAUUCAUUUUCGGGAAAAUAAUGAAACCGGUUUGCAUUUUAAGGUUAAUAUAACUAUUAAAGUAAUAACUACUUAGGCCCAAUGCAAAAUGCAAGAAGGGAUGUUUCUCAAGACAAACGGUUCUCAUCAACAUAGUCUCCUUUGUCAUCUGCAUAGAAUCAGUAGUUGAAAGAAAGCUCACUGUAAAAUAAUGCCAACCAGUAUAUUGCUGUAAUAAAUUAUUUUGUACACAA